UUUCUCGGGUCGCUGCUCCCUUCCCUCCGAGCUACAAAAUUUGCGACCAACGGCGAAAAUUGACUCUCGAACGAAGAAGAACCUCAUCACCUCUAUCCUCACCUCUCCCUUUUCCGAUCAGCAGCUCGGGAAAUCAUAGCCGCCCUAUAUCCAUCAAAACUUUACCGUUUUGAUUUACUCCCGAUUCGUUGCUGCAUCCUCUUCGGUGCUUCAGAUCUGGAUAACGAAUACACGGAGGAAUGGAUGGCGCGGUCUCCAUCCGCGUACCGUACCGCCACCUGAAUGAGGCGGAGCUGGAGCUUGUUGAACUUGUUGGAGAGAUCGAGGACAGGAACACCGGCGGGGCCCCGACGAGGCUCCCGGUGUCUGAUUCGUCACCGUCUUCGUCCACGCAUUUCGAUUAUUCUGCUUCGCAGUCCGGCGGGAGGCAGGGAAGCAGCUUGAAGACGCUAAUUUUUGGAUCGAUGGUCGGCGCUGGAGUCCAGUUCGGUUGGGCGCUGCAGUUAUCGCUAUUGACUCCCUACAUUCAGACUCUUGGAAUAGAGCAUGCAUUUUCUUCCUUCAUUUGGCUUUGUGGACCAAUCACCGGCUUCAUUGUCCAACCAUGCGUCGGUGUAUGGAGUGACAAGUGCAAUUCUAAAUAUGGAAGAAGGCGACCUUUUAUUGUUGUAGGGUGCAUGAUGAUAACUCUUGCUGUUUUAUUUAUUGGUUUUGCUGCAGACAUUGGAUACCUCUUAGGAGAUACACAAGAAAAUUGCGACAAAUAUAAAGGUCCUCGAUGGCGUGCAUCAGCUGUGUUCAUUUUUGGAUUUUGGAUGCUUGAUCUUGCAAAUAAUACAGUACAGGGUCCUGCACGUGCGCUGUUGGCUGAUCUUUCAGGUCCUGAGCAGCGCAGCUUAGCAAAUGCAAUAUUUUGCUCUUGGAUGGCUGUGGGAAAUAUACUAGGAUUUUCAUCUGGUGCUAGUGGGAAUUGGCACAGGUUGUUCCCUUUUUUGGCUAGUAGAGCUUGCUGUGAGGCAUGUGUGAACUUGAAGGCAGCUUUCUUAGUUGCUGUGGCCUUUCUCAUGUUUUGUAUGCUGAUAACGAUAUAUUAUGCUAAAGAAGUACCGCUAGAAGUUAGGCCCCUGCAAAGGUUGUCGGACUCAUCCCCACUACUGAGUGAUAAUCAGCAAAAUAACCUUGAAGAAGUUCCACCUGGAGCUAGACCUGUACCGAUGCUUUCUGAUUCUGCCCCUUUACUGAAAGAAACUCAGCAAAAUGGCUUCGUAUUACCAAAUGAAAUAUUUGAGAGGGCAGAGGUUGAUCAAAAUUAUGAAAACAAUGCGGGAGUUCAUAAAUCUAACUCUGGUGAUGUUUCAUUAUUCGAUUCUAGUGCUGAGAAGGAUGAAUUUGAAGCAUUUAAAAAUGGGCCGUCAGCAGUCUUAGUUAACAUUUUAACAAGUUUGAGGCAUUUGCCGCCUGGAAUGCAUUCAGUGCUCAUCGUGAUGGCUUUUACCUGGUUGUCAUGGUUCCCGUUUUUCCUUUUUGAUACUGAUUGGAUGGGACGUGAAGUCUACCAUGGGAAUCCAAAGGGGAAUGCAAAUGAAAUGGAAGCUUAUCAAAAUGGUGUUAGAGAAGGUUCUUUCGGUUUACUAUUGAAUUCAGUUGUGCUUGGGAUGACCUCCCUCCUAAUUGAGCCAAUGCGUCAGAAAAUGGGUGCAAAACUACUUUGGGCUUUGAGCAACUUCAUUGUUUUUGUGUGCAUGACAGCAACAACAAUUGUAAGUUUGUUGUCUUCUAGUGAGCAUUCCAAAGGAAUUCAGCGUGUAGUUGGAGCGAACCAGGCCAUUAAGGUUGCGGCAUUAGUCAUCUUUUCACUUCUCGGAUUUCCUUUAGCUAUAACAUAUAGCGUACCAUUUUCUGUUACUGCUGAGUUGACGGCAGAUACAGGAGGCGGCCAAGGAUUGGCUACUGGCGUUUUAAAUCUUGCAAUAGUUGUUCCUCAGAUGAUCGUCUCCCUUUGUGCUGGGCCUUGGGAUGCUUUUUUCGGAGGUGGUAACAUCCCUGCCUUCGCUUUGGCUGCCAUUUUUUCUCUAGUGUCUGGUUUUGUGGCUAUUUUAAAGCUGCCAACAAUUUCAAGCUCCAGUACUCCUACAAGCUUCCAUGGGUUUGGUUAGUUUCGAACAUUCUUAACAAUAAAACAUUCACAUUCUUUCACAUCAAUUCUUUUUUAUUUUGCUUUUAUCUUGUAUCAGUUAUUAUUAAUGUCCAUUUAUAGCUUAUUUAUAGUUUAGACGUACAAGUAUAUGAGAAAUGUAGAUUUAUUUAGAAAUAGUUGUUUUUUGGAGACCUGAGAUGUUACUGUAAUUAUAGAUACUUUGUUUCCUUUAGAUGAUGCAAUAAAAUAACUUAUGCUGUAUAA